AUGGACAACCACCAACGCUCUGGCGGUUUCUUCCAUCAUUUCCUGGACUCCAAUCCACAUAUUGGACAAGCCCUCCAGAACUUGGUUCGUGGUUUGACUCACCAGCCACGACAGCCCGCGAACGAGCCCAGCUUGCCAGAUCAUGAGCUUGACCUAACUGGCAUGCCGCCAUUGGACAUGCCACCACUUGAUACUAUCGCAGGAAGCAGUACUUCCCAGCAGAGGGACAGCGUAGACCGCGAAAUGACUCCUAUAGAGAACAUCACACGGCUUGUAGGCGACAUUUCUCUCAACUCUUCUCAUUCACAGCCUGAUCCCUCACCUCAGGGUCAGGAGCAAGCAAUCGCACAGCCCUCUUCUGCAGUCGUAGCGCGCGAGGAAGCGUCUGGCUACGAGUCGGACAGCUCCAUGCCUUCACUCCAAAGCGUCUCUGACUCAGACGGUGAUGUCGAUAUGCAUGACGGACUUGUGCCCAGGCGAGUUUCGAUGCGCUCUGCUUUACCGUCACAGGCACCGCGGACGCAUUUGCGCAAUGCGCGGCGCGCGCGUGUUGACGACGAUGACGAGGAGAACGAUAUGCGUGAGACGAAUCGCCAGCGCCUACAUUCACCAGGCACAGACGGUGCUCCCGUUCCCCAAGAAAUGCGGACCUCAGCUAAUCAGCAGCAUACUGAUCCUCCUAAUCACCCGCCCCCUCGUUAUGGCGCUCAAUUGAUUUAUACAUUCGACUUUUACUCCCCUCCGUCACCACCUCCCCAUCAACGUCAGGAUGAUGCGCCUCAAGAUGCUGGCGCCGAACCACACGAUCAUCACCAUCACCACCAUCAUCAUCACCAUCAUCAUCGUCAUGAAGGUCAGCAACCAAUAUAUAAUUUCACUUUCCAAAUUCCAGUCCCUGGGACCCGCGGCAACUCUAAUGACACUGGAGAUGGUAUUCCUGUUAUGCCUGAUCUUGAUCAAUUAUUCGGGAUUCCUGUUGGAGAGCAGCCAGGUCAUUUCCCGUUCUUCCCGUUCGGCUUGCAUCGAGAGGAGCAAGAUGAUCCGGAUCGCGCUGAGAAGCUCAUUCGAGGACUUGAAGAGGUUCCAAUGAGUCUCGUUGAACGUAUUGAGCGGAUGGGUGACAACGAAGGAGGCUCGGGCUGUUCCAUAUGUUGGGAGAAGCUUAGUUCGACCGUCGAAGAGUCUGAUGUGGAGAUGCAAUCGCAUGCGGACGGGUCGAACGACAGGGAUUCCGCAAUUGACCCUGGCCAUGCCUCGCAAGCGGGACCAUCUGAGGGGAUCGUGAAAAAUGCGCACCUUCCGAAAGUGGUCGUUCUUCCGUGCUCUCAUGUUUUUCACACGGCCUGUCUAUUCCCUUGGUUUACCAAGCCGCAUCGCACGACGUGCCCCUCGUGUCGAUUUGACAUUGAUCCCGACUCCUUGACUUAUGUACCUCCUUGGCAACGUCGUACUCGCCCCACGCCACAAUCUCAAGAAUCGGUGCAGGUGCCUGGCGAACAACCACAGCCAGCUGAAUUCGCAGUCCCACCUCCUCAGGCUACACCCAUUGCAGAUUUUCCUCCGGGUACACAGCCAGGACCACAUCGGACUCGCAUGCCGAGAUUCCCUUCGUUCCCUCUUGAAUUCAGUUUUGUUAUGCCACUGGGCGCAGGUGGUCAACUGGGACCUGGACUCGUUCCUCAAGGGCAUUUUGCGUCAAAUGCUGCUCCCACUGACCCUCAGGUAAUGCGGAAUAUUCUCGAGCGCAUGUCUAGAUCACCUCCAGCAUCAAACCGUCCGCAACCACCCCAGGAGCAGCCGCAGCCACAAUCUCAAGCUCAAGCUCAAGCUCAAGCUCAAGCUGCUCCUGCUGCAGCUCCAUCGAACGCGCAACUUGGCCACGAGGGACCUAACGUCCUUGGCCCACAAGUUCGCACUGAGUAUAUACGCCCGAAUCAGCACGAGAUCCGAAAUUUCCUGCAGCAAAUACUUGGGUCCCCACCGCGCGGUCCCGGGGUUUUUUUCGGCGGACUUGGCCAUUUUGGUGCUGCUGGUACCGACCCUCUCACUGGCUUCGCUCCGCCUCCGCCUACAACUAAUACAAACGGUCUGCGCUCCCAGAAUCGCACUCGGCCACCUGAGAAGCGGCAAUGGACACCUCCGGCGCCACCUGGCCCAACUUUGCGCCACCGAGUCGAACGCAGAGAGCGUGAGAUGGGCAUGCGGUGUUGGGAUGUGAGCUGCGGACUUGGUCCCUCCGACGAGGAUCCAGUACCCGUCGUGGAUCCAGCGUCCUUGCGCCAGAUUUUCAUCCGGCGGCUAGGUGGAGGAGAUGAGAAGGCGUGCGAGCACGCAUUUCACCCAUCAUGUCUUGUCAGUGCGGAGCGUGUGGCCGGAUGGGGCGGCGAGGACAAAAAGGAGAAGGAGGACGAGGAAGUUGAAGUGUCGUGUCCAUUCUGCCGUUCCGUGGGAGUGAUCUCGCGGACGGACUGGGACGAAGGUGCAUGUGCGCUCGCAUGA